ACGAAGAAAAUAUUUUACUUUUUCUCAUCAAUUAGAGAUUUUUUCCAUUUUGCCUAAAUUUUAAAACAUAAAUUCUCUAAUUAAAUGCUUGCGUUUUUAUAAAAAACCAAGAAAAAUGCCUAAAACAAUUGUUAGUAAUUAAUAAGAAAUCAAAUUCGGUGUGAAAUAAUCAAGAAAAUUGAUCGAAAAAUUCGAUUAAUUAAAGGUGAAAUUUUUUCAAAGAGUGGCCUUAGUGCUCACUAAGGUAUCACAAAAAAAUUGUGUGUAGCAGGCAGCAGUAUAGCUUGUUUGUUAAUUUUGGUUAUUGUUGGUGGCGGUGGUGGUGGUCGUCAUCAUCAUCAGCAGCACAAGCAUUGCAAGUCUAUUUAAUAUUACGACCAAAAUACAAGAGACGUGCAUUGGCUUCGUACAUGUACAUGUGUGGGGUGUUAAAAAGUUUUUUAAUACAAUAAAAGUUUAAAUUGAAAUUAAAAAGGAUACGUUUGUUUGCAUAAGCAAAUAAACACUUACAACAAAGUAUAAAAAGACGUGAUAAGGGACGAAAAGUUCAUACAAACUAUUUGCAACAUUAACAAUAUUGUUUAAACAGAAAUGAUUCUACAAGAACCAGUACAGGCUGCCAUAUGGCAUUGUCUCAAUCACUAUGAUCACAAGGAUGCGGUAUUUCUGGCGGAGCGUUUAUGUUCCGAAGUGGAGACUGAUGAAACCAUCUUUAUCUUAGCCACCAGCUAUUAUCGUUCAAAUCUAAUACAUCAAACCUAUUGGCUGUUACGAGAGAAAUCUCGUCGUUCACCACAGUGUCGUUUCUUGCAGGCGAAAUGUGCCUACCAACUUAAGAAAUAUUCCGAGGCUGAAUGUGCCCUAACCAUCAAUGGUUUUGGUGAUAUGAAGAAUUGCUUUGACGACAUUGUCAAGGAAUUCGGCGAAGUUGCAUGUUUUGUACUGCAGUUGAUAGCACAAAUUUGUGUGAAGACGGAACGUAAUAAAAUUGCCACCAUGGCAUUGCGCAAGGCGUUAAAAUUAAAUCCCUUUAUGUGGCAAGCAUUUGCCGAUCUCUGUCAGUUGGGCGAAUAUCCCGAUGCAAAUAAUAUUUUUCAAAUUCCCAAUACCGAUAUAUUCAAUACAUGCCAAGGUAAUGUGAAUACAAAUUCGAUGAUACUGUUUGGUGGUGGCGGCUGCGCGGCAGGAAAUCUUGGCAGCCUAAACGAAAGCGGCUCUAUAAAUUAUUCAAAUUUUGGCACAACAAAUUCAAAUGCUUCUGUGGAUGGUGGUUUUAUUAGUCAAUUGAGUAAUAGUUCAAAUUAUAUACUCUCCACACCCAUAGAACAGCAAAUACAGCCGCCUUCCAAUAACAAUGGCCUGGGAGCGUUACAAGCAUUAACCACACCAAAUAAUAACAAUAACAAUUUAAAUAGUUCCAUAUCAAUGCUAAGGGGUACGAAUGUUGGACAGAGUGUGGGUAGCGGUGGCGUUGUUGGUCAAGGAGUGGGGCAGCAAAACACCAGUAUGAUGAUGUUGGACGACACUCCAGUGGGUUAUACAACCAAUUCCGAACAAACUAGCAUUACGGCACAAGGACAACAACAAUUUGAUGGUGGUGCUGGUACACCAUUUCGCAAACAAUUCAAAUAUCUGUCUGCAAUGUCACCCACAACACCCAGUUUCGGUGUACUGCCUAUAAACAGUCCGUGUGGUGGAGAUUCUUCAUUUUUGGGCAGUCUAGGUGCUGGUCACACACAAACUAAUCUCAAUGUUACGAAUUCCCCAUUGCCCCAAACACUGGCCGAAGUCAAUCAAGAACAAAAAGUAAUAGGAAAAAAGAUGAAGGGCCACGUUAGUUCCCUAAUAAAUCGCAAAGAAACAUCAACAAAUGCUGGCGGCGGCAGUAAACCGUCCGUGUUUACACAAACCGGUAAUAUAACACCACGUACACCCAACAAUAGUGGCAAUGUUUCAAAUGUUCCUAAUAUUCCUAAUGCUGCUGUGAGACGAAGUUCCCGUCUCUUUAGCCACAGUGCUUAUUCAGUCAAGGAAAACAACAAGUCGCCCAAUAUAUCAAAUAAGUUCGUUCAGCCUCGGUCACCGCCACGUAAAACUAAAACUCGUAUGGGCAAAAUCUGUCUAAACAAUGAACUCAUCGAAGACAAAUCGAAUGCCAAUCAAACAAAUGCCGACAAGGUUAGCGAAAAGAAUAUACGCAAAGAUAAGGAAAAAGUGGAAACAAUCACUUCGGCACAGACUGGCAUUAAUCGCUCAAACGAGGAUGCCAAAGUACAGCUGAACAACAGUUUAAAUAGUGCCCAAACUAUGACCCAUCACCUGCUCGCCCUCAAAAAACAAUCGGCCGAUGGUCUGAUGACCUUAAUGCGUGAUCUAGGCGAAGGCUUUAAGCAAUUAGCACAUUUUCAAUGUAAAGGCGCCAUCAAACACUUAGAGGCUACAAUACCAAAACAUCAUUUUUCUUCCAGUUGGGUGCAGUCAUUAAUCGGCAUGUGCCACUACGAACUGAGAGAAUACGAGAAUGCGGUGGCGAUAUUUAAACGUAUACAUGAACAAGAGCCCUAUCGUUUAGAUUAUAUGGAAAUAUAUUCCUCGUCUUUGUGGCACUUGCAAAAAGAGGUAAGUCUGUCGGCCUUGGCCCAGGAUCUGAUCAAUCAAGAUAAAACCUCACCCAUAACAUGGUGUGUAGCGGGCAAUUGUUUUUCACUGCAUAAAGAGCAUGAAACAGCUAUAAAGUUCUUUAAGCGGGCCGUACAAGUAGAUCCAGAAUUUGUAUAUAGUUACACGCUAUUGGGCCAUGAGCUCGUACUCACCGAAGAACUAGACCGAGCCAUGGACUAUUUCCGUUCGGCUGUUGUCAGAGAUCCACGCCACUACAAUGCCUGGUUUGGCAUCGGCACCAUCUACUCAAAACAGGAAAAAUACGAACUGGCCGAAUUGCACUACAUUAAGGCGCUGAAAAUCAAUCCUCAGAAUUCCGUUAUUCUUGUGCAUAUUGGUGCUAUGCAAUACUUUAUGCAAAAGAAAGAGCAAGCCCUGCAGACCCUUAAUACCGCCGCAACAUUAGAUCCUAAAAAUCCAUUGGCACGUUUCCAUCGUGGUUCGAUAUACUUCUCAUUGGGUAAACAUCAAGAGGCUUUGAAAGAACUUGAAGAGCUCAAGGAAAUUGUACCUAAGGAAUCGGUCGUGUUCUAUUUAAUAGGCAAAAUUCAUAAAACUUUAGGCAAUGUUGACUCGGCUCUCAUGCACUUUAGUUGGGCCACCGAUUUGGAUCCCAAGGGUGCCAACAAUCAAAUAAAAGAUGCCUUCGAUUCUAUGUCACAUCCCUGCUGUCCAACCUCAAUGAAUGAUCCAGGUCUAGAUGCUGACCUAGAACCCAUAUCCGAGCGAUCGGAUGAAUCAACACAAGCCCAAGAUGUCAACUACGAUAGUGACUUUUAAGCUACCACCUAUUUGUUUGUGUUUGUCCAUUAUUUCGACUGAUAUUAAAACGAAGGUGGUCCAAUUCUUAUCUUAAAUGGCAGUAGAGUGGUAGUAAAUUUAUAACAUUUUGUAAUAUUUUGUUUAUCUUCUUUAGUUUAUAUUGAUUUUUUACUUUUACAUUGCUCCAUAUACCUUUCUACCUACCUCCCUUUCUCCCUCUCUUUCUUCAAUUUAUGUUUGUAAAGCUGCAAGCUACAUAAUGUUAUUUGUAAACAUACAACAUUUGGAGUUACAUACAUACGUUGUUUUUAUUUUAUUAUUAUUUUUUCAAAUGCUUUAGGGGCGUGUGUGUUUUUGUGUGUGAGUGAGUGUAUGUGGUAAAUCAUUAAAAUAAAAUAGCUGGAAGAAAAACUUAAUAAAAACCACCGAUUUUUUAUAUUGUUUAUUAAAAAAAAUAAAAUUUAUUUUUAUUUUUUCUUUUGUAAUCUUUUUAAUAAAUAAAUUGCUAUCAUAACAAUAUUAAAUUGCAAAGGAAACGGCAAACUUUUACUUGAGAUCGGUAGAUUUUUUAAAAUUUAAUUUCGUUAAUAACAGUCAUCACAGGCAUGUAACUCCAUCAUCAUAAUUAUUAUUUAAUUUUAAUUUAUUUCUCUAAAAAGAAAACAUUAAUGUUACUAUGUUAAACAUCAAUUAAUAAAAAAAAAACUAGAAUCAUUGAAACAAAAUGAAUUUACCUUCUCUGCUUGUUGUUCUCUCUCCUCUCUAAAUAUUACAAAUAAAAUCAUCAAAUACAGAAUGCAGCCAAAACACUUUAAUGUUAAGGACUGUUUAUAAAAACAAAACCAACCAACAAUAACAAAACAUAAAUACAUAAUUUAAGCUUAAAUGGACAUUUUUUAAUUUUAAUUUGCAAAUAAUACACAACAAAAUAAGCAUAAACAUAAAAUACAAUUUGAAUUAGUAGUACGUAUAACUUUAAAAUUAAUGAAUGAUAAAAGAAGAAACAAACAAAAAAGAAAUAAUUAUUAUUAUUAGUAAUAUAAAUGCAAAACCUGAUGUUUUAUUUAAUAAAAAGAAAAUAUGUUUUGAAA